CAGUCUCAGUUAUAGAGCCGUGAAAAUUCUGAGCGUGUACUACAUCCCUGUACUUGUGAUAGGAGGUUUUAUCGGGAAUGGUAUCUCCAUAGCCAUGUUCUUCUUUUCCCGUAUACGUUUUCGUCCUUCUAGUUGCUACCUGGGAUAUCUUGCAGUAUCAGAUAUCUGCUUCCUCUUAAUACUCGCCUUUCAAUGGAUUCACGAUUAUUGCUUCGAGAUUAUUAAUUAUUGGAUCGUUUGCAAAGUCAUGGCAUUCUUAACAUCAUCAUUCAGUUGUUGGUCCGUCUGGCUGACUGUCAGUUUCACCAUAGAAAGAUUCGUUGCUGUUAAUUAUCCACUCUGUCACAAGUGCCAUUUUGGCACUAAUAACAGGGCUAAAAUCGUCGUUUCCAUUAUCGGAAUCGUCAGUUUUUUAUUAAAUUCCUACAUCUUUGAAUUUGUAGGGCUGUACGAAUUCGAUAGUCAUCUGAUGUGCGAAGUUUAUUUAACGUAUUUCACUGAAAUGUUCUACAUAAACAUUGUGGAUACGAUCGUUACGCUGAUAUUACCAGUGAUUAUCAUCAGUUACGCCAAUUUUAUGAUAGGACGUUCUUUGUUUGCAUUUUACACAAACUAUCAUCGAGAAUUUGGCAAUUCACCUACAGAAUCUUCCUCGAGAGAUCAAGAUUCCUGCAGAAAACGGAAGAAAGGCACGCCCCAAUCGAUCCAAAUGAACACAGCACGCAUGCUGUUUCUCGUCUCCACCACAUUCCUGAUUUUGAAUCUACCUAGUUACGUCAUGCGAUUGUAUACAUUGUAUCUGGAAUUCACCGACAGCAAGCCAACAGUCAACGUCAUCAUCAUACAGCGUUACACGAUGCUUCCCUACUACAGCAACUUCGCAGUUAAUUUUAUUUUAUACAAUUUAAGUAGUCGUGUGUUCAGACGAUGCGUGUUCAACUAUUUACGCAGAUACUACAAAGUGUUAUUCGAUUGCGGUAGCGAUCAUUCCAAUCUCGAUAAUCCUAACAACAUUGUUCGGUAAUACUUUUAUCUUUCUGGAUGUACGCGUGUAAAUUUAAAUAUACUUCCCUCAAAGUAAAAUACCUAUUUGAAAAGAAAACAAAGAAAUUUAUGCUAAGAAUCUCCUGUACAGAGCCAAAGUUACACUCCAUAUUAAGUGCUCAAUCUAACAAAGUGCCAUUUUGAGAUUUUCUGUGUUCAUUUUUUACGAAAAGUCUCAAAAAACAUUUUAAAAUUUGUAAAAAUAAAAUUCAUGACUUAGUUUAAACUUUCUACA